AAGCAGACAAGCUGUCUGCAGCUCUGAUAUUUGCACAGCCCUGGAGCCGCCUUCCCACUCAAUCUAAAGAGAGAAGGCUCGUUGGUAGGGCCAAGCCACCUCCUCUGGUUGAGCUGGGGGACCCCUAAGGAGGCAGGGGACUACGGCUAGGAUCCCUGGAGCCUAACAAGUUAGAAGCCAUCUCUCCCUAACCCUAGAGGGUGGUGGCUGAAGGUAGCCACUACAGGCCUCCACCAAGGACUCCAGCCUGGCCUUGGAUCCACUCAGAGUCUCAGGGCUGGCCAGCCUCAGAGGGAGGAAGCUGACAAGCGGCAGGCAGCAGGAGCCCAGGACAUUAUCGGGCUCUUCUUCUGUCUGGCAGUUACAACAUCGCUUGCUCUCUGAGGACCAUCCUUUUAGGCCCAGCAGCAGCUACAGAAGGAGAGGCAGCAACAGCAGCAGUUUUUCCCGGGGACCACAUCAUCCAUCCUCUAGUUCUGUGGCAGACACCCCAAGGCUUCCAUGCCACACUCUUGUUGGGGAAAAGACAAAGCUCAAGUUCAGGGUCGUUCAUGUUGGACCUGGGGUCUCCAAUUCCUCCUGCUCCCUACCCAGUGCAGUAGCAUGUACCCCACUCCCUCUAUGUAACCACAGAGUGGCCAUAAGAGGAGGAAAAGUACCCAACUUAUAUCAUUUUGCCUCCUUCCUCAAGCCCAUUCUGGAAAAUUAUGCGUCAAGAGGGGACUGCCUCAAGCUUGCCACCAAUGGCCUCAGCCCCCAUGCCACCCAGCCAAGAGCCAGGUGGGCCCUCCCAGUCUUUCCAGCAGGAUCCAGCUGGGGUCCACUGGGCCCCAGCAGAGAUCCGGCACCUCCUGGCCAUCAUGGAGGAGCCAGCCAUUCGGCGGCGCCUGAAGACAGUCCACCGUAACACUUCUGUGUAUGAGGAUGUGGCCCGGCGCCUUCAGGAACAAGGCUAUGUUCGACAUGCCCAUCAAUGCCGCACCAAGUUCAAGGCACUGAAAGUGGCAUACAAGAAGGCGCAUGCGGCAGUCUUGCACUCAGGCACAGCCCCUCAGGGGUGCCCCUUUUAUGAAGAAAUGGAUCGGGUACUGCAGACCCAGGUCACCACUGCCAGCCCCAAGCACUCCUCAGAGCAGGAGCGAGAGCAGCGACCUGAUGUGAAUUAUUCCAAAUGGCAAGGUGGAGGUAGGGAGAACAGGGGUAAGCAGGAGGAAGCCACGGAGGGGUGUCCCCCCCAACCCCACAAACAGCAGCAGCAACAGCAGAUGCAGCAGCAACGCCGGCCACAGGCAGAGCUUCUGUGUAAGGUGGAGGUGGAAAAGCUGCCCAGUGAUUUAAACCCAGACAGCCAAGCUAGGGCCGAGGGAGGAAAGGACCGUAGAGAGACCAGCCAUCAGACUGGGACAGGUUUCCAGAGGAAGCUGAGCCAAAAUCUAUCCCAAAGGGAGACAGCACCACCACCAACCCCACCAGCACCAGCAGUGACAACCACCCCUUUCGGGGGACUGUCUGGCCGGGUCCGCCAGUUUCCACCAAGGGCUCGAAACUUCAGGCGGCACCAGACAGCAGCUGCCAUGAUUGUCUCCGAAAUGGCAGAGAAUCGCCGCCUUGCCAGUCAGCUGGCACGGGAGUCAGCGGCUCAACUGCAGCGCCACCUGGACCAGCACAACGUGCACAUGGCAGCUCUGGUGCAGGUGGCCCGAGACAGUUCUGCCCAGCGCCAAGAAGUGGUGGCUAUCUUGCAAGAUGUUGCAGAUGAUAUCCACGAGGGGGUAGCCCUACUGAGGUCUUCCAUUGGCCGCCUGGGUCAGGAAUAAGACUGCAGACCUCAGGCUUUCUCCCC